AUGGGCGCGGAGUGGUGGGGAGCGGAGCUGGAAGGCUACGAGCGAAGGGAAUAAACCCCAAAGGAACACUGCUCUCUUAAUUCCCCUCCCCCCUUCCGCUUUUUCUCCUUUCUUUUCUCCUUUCUUUUCUGAGGAGUUUUUGACUUAAGUUUUCUUCAGAUCGUCUGGGCUUGGCUUUUUAAUUUUUUUUUUUUAAGUCUUUUUUUUUUUUUUUCUCCUGGGUGUUGUGUGUGGCCAAAAAAAGAACCAGCUUAGUGUCAAGCCAAGUGAUUCAGGCGCUCUGCAAGGAGGAAGCAGGGAGAAAAGAAGGAAAAAAGUUGCCUUUGUCGCCAGCGAGCUCGUAACUGCGUUUAUGUGACCAAAGGCAGGCGGCUGAAGAGCGGGGUCGUGCCGGCUGCACAGCCCUCUCGCCUGCAGGCGCUGCUGGUGGGGCUCCUCUUCUCGCAGCCCCCUCGGGCCGUGCCCGCCGCUCCGCUCGCCGACCCGCGGCCUCAGGCCGGACUCCGCCUGUGCCGCUUCCCUUAGCCGGGGGUGCGCGGCGGCACCUCCCGGCGGCCCCCCUCCCGCUCCGCCCGUUGCCAUGGUGCGGCGGCCCGGCGUGCUGUGGGCAGUGGCGGCGCUGGCGCUGCUGGUCCGGCGGGCGGCGGCGCUGGCGGGGCCGGUGGUUCGCUGCGAGCCCUGCGACGCGCGGGCGCUGCAGCAGUGCAAGCCCUUGCAGCCCGACUGCGCCGAACGGGUGCGGGAGCCGGGCUGCGGCUGUUGCCUCACCUGCGCCCUGCAGCUGGGACAGCCCUGCGGGAUCUACACGGAGCGCUGCGGCGCCGGCCUCAGCUGCCAGCCGCGCCGCGAGGAGACGAGGCCGCUGCAGGCGCUUCUGGAAGGCCGCGGGCUCUGCACCAACACCUCGGCGGGCGGCAAGCUGCGGGCCUUCCUCCUGCCCGGCCCGCACGCUGCAGAGAAUUCCAGUGAUUCUGAAGAAGACGACCAGAAUACCAGCAGCAUCGAGAGUCAGGCCUUCCCCAGCUCCCACAGGGUGCCGGACUCCAAAUCACAUCCGCCCCACAUCAAAAUAGACAUCAUCAGGAAAGUGCAAGCCAAAAACACACAGCGUUAUAAAGUGGAAUAUGACUCUCAGAGCACAGACACACUGAACUUCUCUUCUGAAUCCAAACAAGAGACCGAAUACGGUCCCUGUCGCAGAGAAAUGGAGGACACUUUAAACCACCUAAAGAUCCUGAACGUCCUGAGUCCCAGGGGCUUUCAUAUUCCAAAUUGUGACAAGAAGGGGUUCUACAAGAAAAAGCAAAAAGAAGUGCCCAGAUGCAGACAACAUGACACAAUCUCCUUACUAAACAGGUGAGUUCAGCCAUCCUGCUAGAACAUCAAGACUGUGUCUCUCCUUGCACUUGACCAAGAGAAGUGCCCAGAUGCAGACAACAUGACACAAUCUCCUUACUAAACAGGUGAGUUCAACCAGCCUGACAGAACACCAAGGCUGUGUCCUUCCUUGCACUUGACAAAGAGAAGUGCCCAGAUGCACACAACAUGACUCCUCUUGACAUAGAAUCAUGCAAUGAACCAGGUUGGAAGAGACCUCCAAGAUCAUCCAGUCCACCCUAUAAUAGGUUUGCAUGAGUUUAAGAAACUGCUAGGGAACAUGAAUUAGGCCACCCCAUUCAUGUAUCUGUGUCUCUUUUUGGGGGACACGAGUAGGGAUGCUGCUGUGUCUGCAGCUGGCAAGGUCAGACCUCAUUGCUCAGCUUGUUGCCAGCUGCUGGUACCUGUAUUCCCACCACUGGGUGUUUCUUCACUCUUUUUGUUUGCUUCCAUGUGUACUGCUUCCUAACUAGAUCAUGUCAAAGCCAUUUCUUUUCCCAGAAACACCUCUUAUAAGAAAUAGAGGUUUGCUAAAGGAGUUUGACAGCCAUGUCAUGGAGUUGGUAACCUGGAGGGAGAUGGUAACCUGAGUGGAUGGUAACUGCUUGCAACAAAAAUGUGAUGGCACUGAACAACUGAAGACAAGUUAAUGGCAGCAGGGGCACUGAUGUUUGAAGAAGUAGUGUUUUGUGAGCGUCAGGUCACGUUUUGACAUGCAAAGAAGAGUAAUGCAGUGUUGAGAGGCAGGCAGGCAUGCCUAGCUCCUUCUCCUCAGUGCUAUGAUGCAGUGUU